CGUAACGCUGCUUGAACAAAGUGUACAACAUGUUGAUGUAGGUCGACGGACACACGAGUGCAAGUUCGACGAUAUUUUUCGGUCAAAAAACACUAUAUCAAACCAUUAAUUUUAAGUAUGAAACAAGCACACCUAACGUGGGCGCGCGAUGCUAGUGCACGGCGCGCCACUGCAAUUUGCAACUGCUUGCAGUCUAGCAAGCCGCAACUCACUGACACCCGACUAAGCCGCCGAACAUUAUUGCACCAUGCCGCAUUACUUCUCCUAUGUGACUGUAAAAGAUCGAACGGGAGAGGAGGAUGAAACUGCUGCACGCAAGGUCUCUGUUCCAGUGGAAGUGCGCGGGCUGUCCUGUGGCGGCGACGGAGCGGGUGCAGGCUCAGCGGCGCCAGCACCAGUGCUCAUCUUCAGUAGCGGCUUCCUAACGCCGGCGGCCGCGUACGGCACACUGCUGCAGCAGCUGGCGGCGGCAGGCUGUGUGGUGGUGUCGUACGACAAGUCGUUUGAAACCCUGUCGUACCUGAUGGACGACAACGACUCCGUACGGCUGCUGGCGGAGGUGUGGCGGCGGGCGGCGGAGCUGCUGGCGGGCCGGCAGGGGCAGCAGCAGCAGCAGCAGCAGGCUGUGGGGCCGGUGUUCUUGGUUGGCCACUCCCGAGGCGCCAAGGUCUCGGUGCUCGCGGCAGCAGCUGCAGCGGCCGCGCCCGCCGGCGCGGCUGAGGCUUACGCCGUAGCCAUCGCCGAUCGGCGCGGCCUGGCCAGCAUUGUUGGCGACGUGUUGGUUGAAGGCGGCGACGAGGCGUCAUCGCGCCGUUCCCAGGCGUCCAGGCAACAGAGCACAACCACCGCAACAGAAUCACCACAACACACCUCUGCCGCGGCUGCUUCCUCAGCACAGCUGCCGCUGCCACUGCCGCUGGCUGGGGUGGUGCUGUUGGACCCAGCCGACGGCGCCUUUGAGCCGCAGGACGCAGCCCGCUACCCCUCCGCACUCGCCGCAGUCGCGGCCACACCGCCCCGGGUGGGCGUGUCGGCGGCUGCAUCGGCCACGAGCGAAGCACCAGCGGCUUCGGGUGCGGGUGCGGGUGUGGGAGCGGCAGGCGGAAUCACAGAGCUGCUGCCGGCACUGGUGGUGGGUGCAGGCCGCGGCGGUGACUGUGUGCCGCGAGCCAAGAACUUCCGGGCGUUCUACGAGGCAUGGCCGGGGCCGCGUGUGCUGGUGACGCUGCCGGACGCCGGCCACCUGCAGUUCUUGGACACGUCGGACGGACUGGCGCAGUCCAUGUGCGCCGCAGGCCGCGGCGUCGCCAAUGCGCAAGUGGCGGCCGCGGCGGCGGCGGCCACGGUGGCGUUCGCACGGGGCGUGGUCGCCGCCACCGCCGCCACCACACCGAUCGGUGUGGGUGUGGAUGUGGGUGCGGGCGGCGGUGCGGGCGGUGGUGGGAAAGGAUGGGAGAGCGGGGGAGGGAGAGGGGGUCUGGGGGCCGUGGAGCUGCGGGGGUUGUGCGAGAGGGCGCUCGAGGGAGCCACAGCGCUCAGGUUCAGCGUGGAAGCAGCGGUGCCGUGAUGGGCGAGCGGAUGGCUGCGUGCCGGUGUGCCAGUGUGUGUGCGGCGGGCCGGGAGCAGGCUUUGACGAUGCUUUGAUUGAAGAAACGAGUGCAUGUAGUUCGGUUGGAUGGGUGCGGGAUGCUGCUUGGCAAGGGAGGCGGAUGGGCAGGGUUGAGGGCGAGCUGGGGUGAGCUGGCCGGCAAGGGAAAGGUAGCGAGCCAUGUGGGACUUGGCCCGGGCGCGUAACUGCGCAGGCUGCGCUUCGUACGGUAUGUUAAAUGGGGCUAUCGAC